AUGGAAGAGGUCGCGCAAGAAUUUAUGCUGAUGUCGAUUUGUAAGUCGAAGGUGGAGGAUCUUCCAAAAGAGUUGUUGAUUUCAAUCCUGUUGCGUCUACCGCUGAAAGAUCUUCUCCAAUGCAAAAAGGUUUGCAAGGAAUUAUACGCCAUUAUUACGAGUUUCCCAUUCACUGAUGUACGCAGGAAGAUGAGGAAUUCUCAAAUUCUAGUCAAAUACGAGGAUCCUAUCAGUAAAUAUCAUGUUAUCUAUUUACUUUCUGAUGAAACCCUUGAGGUCAUUGAUACCGAACCAGUAUUAUCCCAUACUCCAUUAAUGGAUUCAAUGAGGAUUGAUUUCAAACAUUCUGUCACCGUGGUGGGUUGUAGUAGUGGUGUGGUAUGUCUUAGGUGCAUACCACCACAUGAUGAGUAUUUCCUGUGGAACCUUGCAACAAGAGAUGCAAAAAUUAUUCCAGAUGGAUUAUACAAAAGCAAUCCAGAAAAGAACAUGUUUCAACAUCUAAAUAUGGGGUUCGGUUUCAUUUCCAAAAACAAUGACUACAAACUAGUCUCAAUCCAAUGCUUGUUUGAAAACAAUACAUACCGCCCUGUUCAACCGUGCCAACAAGAGGUUGAAGUUUAUAGCUUAAAAACAGGAUGUUGGAAAUUGCUACCAGAUAUCAUCCCAACUUGUGAUAUUAUAUUAGCACAACCACAUUCAGGUACAGCAUGUGGAGAAAUGUUUUCAUGGUUGGUAGAGAAUGACAAGUAUGGAGAACAUGUUAUGUCAUUCGACAUGAGCAAUGAGGUAUUCAUAACAACACCUUUGCCUCCUCGUAUAAUUGAAAGGAGCCGUCCUGGUAAUUGUUGGAAUAGCCUUAUGUUUCAUAAUAAAUCCCUUGCUCUUGAUCAUUGUGCUAGAGAUAGAAAUAAUGAUACCAAGACACAUAGCAUAUGGGUGUUGGGUGAAUAUGGUGUCAAGGACUCAUGGACUAAUCUAUUUAAUGUUGGACCCCUUGAAUACUUAGGACCGAGUACAAGAGGAUUUUGUAACAACAAUGGGGUUCUUCUCCAAGUAGACGGAGAUGGAUGUCGUCAUGAUCUAAUUUUGGUUGACCCUUCCAUCCGAAAAAUCAAAGAUUUGGAUAUUCAUGGGACAUCAUCAAUGCAGAUCCUUAACUACCAAGAAAGCCUAGCUCAAAUUAAUGCAACUCCAUCUUCACGGAUAUUGGAUGGGAGUUAA